GAAUAAAAGUUGCGAUUGAGACUCAAGUGUAAUAACAACUUUGAAAAUUUAAGGAAAGGGUAAAAGCAAUCAGAAACAAUCAUGGCUUCAAAAUUUGUAGGUUCGAUGUUCCAACAGUUGAAAAGUAAAGAAUUUAGGACAUAUUUAUGCAGUUAUCUUUUCUGCAUAGCACUCACUUCUGGGGACCUGUGGCUAAUUGGGGAAUACCAAUUGCAGCAAUAGCAGAUAUUAAGAAAGACCCCAGUAUUAUCAGUGGUAAAAUGACUUCAGCAUUAUGUGUGUAUUCUUUACUCUUCAUGAGAUUUGCAUGGAAAGUUCAACCUCGGAAUCUUUUGCUGUUUGCCUGCCAUUUUACUAAUGAAUGUGCUCAAAUAACUCAAGGAUGUAGACUUCUAAAACAUGAGUAUUUGAAUUAAUUCAAGGAAAAUCAUGUCCACUGCCUUCUUAUGAAAAACUGAUUCAUCAGCACUUAGCUGUGUUACAAAGCUUAGCAGAUUUUAGAUUUUUUCUUAUAAUGCAUUUAGUAAUGAUGUGGUAGAAAUAUGCCUUUAAUAUCUAAAAGGGUUUUUGUUUCUGAAAUUCAUUUUUAUUAAUUAUUCUUGUUAUGAUUAAUGGUUAUUUAUAAUUUAUUUUUUCUUAAUUUUUAAAUUAUAUCUCUGUAACUGCACAUUUGUGUUGAAUUCAGAAUCUUUGCUCAAGUUGAAUUUUUGUUAAAUGUUAAUGUUAUAUGUAUUUAUUUUACAAAUAUUAUUUGCUUUUUUUUUCUUAUGGGGAAAUUAUUUAAUGUACUUCUAAACAUUAAUUAAAUUUUAAAGGAGCAAUACAUUUUCUCACUUGGUAAGAAAUGAAAUAAUCAUUUAUGCAUAGAACUAUCAUUUAUAGUGAUAGUAGUAUUAGAUCAUUUUAUUUUUGUAAGGAUCAUGUAAGCUAUUAUUAAUUUAAUAUAUUUACUAAUGCUUGACUUUAUCCAAAUUAUUUUCUUCUAUUACUUUAUUAUGAGAAUUUAUAGCACAGAUGUCAUAUUCUUUUUGAAAAGACAAAUCCAUAGUACAAAAAGAAGAGUACUAAUUUGGUUGCUAGUCUUAUAAAAUUAUUUAUUUUCUUGCUUGCAAUAUUGUUUAUCUAUGUAAAUAGCACGUUUUAUCUAUCAAAAUUAAAUAAUAAAUUUUGUAAAGAAAGGGAAUUUCUUGUAAAUAAAUAGAUUAUAUUGAGAGUAUCUGUAAAUAAUAGUCUUGAUUAAAUAAAAAUAAAUAUGUCGAUUUUA